AUGGAAAUUUAAUUAAAUGAGGAAUAAUAAAAAAUAUACAAUUUAGUAGUAAAUUCAAAGAAAUUAGGAAUCACUAAAGCAAAUCUAGCCAAAAAUGCUGGACUUAAUUCAAAAGAAGUUGAAAAGAUAAUUAAAACAUUAGAAAAUAGAGAUAAAAUCAAAUCAGUUCGUCCUAAUGGUAGAACAACAGGAGUUAAACUUUGGAUAGAUUUUAAUUAAACACUUGAUUCAAGUUUACCCACAAAUGUUUUUAGAACAGCUGAUUAGGGUGUAGAUGAUGAUUUAAUUGAAAGAAUAAAAUAAAAACUAAUAUAUUUUAUGUAGUAAUAAUGUGAUGGUAAAGCAUCAAAAGAUGAAAUACGUAGAGUUUACAAAGCUUAAUAAUCAGAACAUUAUGAUGAGACAGAUUUUGAUCGCAUAAUCAAUCUUUUGAAAUAUGAUUCAAUUCUAAUUGAGGAAGAAAAUUCUUUCUUCAAAUUAAAUCCAUUUAAAUAAUAAAAAUUCUAAUUUUAUUUAUCUUAUUUGCCUUGUUAAGUAUUUUAAUAAAUAUAAUUAUUAUAGACAUGUCCUGUAUUUAAUUAAUGUAAACCUGGUAAUACAAUUAGUCCAGAGAAGUGUGUUUUUGAAUGGUGA